AUAAGGAUGCAACAGCAACAUGAACAACGACACGAUAUCACCGCUGAUUGUUGUUAUCAACAAUGGGCUCCCCAUCAUCAGGGUCAUCAUUCUCAGUCCGUGACCAAUGUACCAUCCCCGAUGCAACAAAUGGAAGCAUGUCUGCAAUCUGCGGGAAGAGUGAAGCGAUCCCGCAGCCCGAAUCUACCAAAGACUUCUUUAACUCCACACGUCCCGAAUUCGUCGAUUUCUUCGUCAACCACCAUCGAACCUCGCAACGACAGCAAUAACAAUAAUCAUCAUCACGUCGACCAUCAUCCCAGCGAGAAUGGCGCGAAUUCAUCGGAAGAAGUUACCUCGAAGAGGCCUCUUCAUCCUGCGCUCGUUGGCGCUGGGGCUGCUCUCGAGGCGAAACCGCUCUGGGAAGAGUUCCAUCAAUUGGGAACGGAAAUGAUCGUCACCAAAGCUGGCAGAAGGAUGUUUCCUACAUUUCAGUGUCGAUUCUUUGGUUUGGAUCCUACUACGGAUUACCUGCUGGUGAUGGAUUUCGUACCUUGCGACGACAAGAGGUACAGAUACGCUUUUCACAGCAGCGCUUGGGUGGUUGCUGGCCGCGCUGAUCCAGUCUCACCCCCGCGGAUUCACGUGCAUCCUGAUAGUCCGGCGAGCGGCGCUCAUUGGAUGAAGCAACCAGUUUCCUUCGACAAGCUGAAACUCACCAAUAACCAAUUGGACGAUAACGGACACAUUAUCCUGAAUUCGAUGCACCGCUAUCAACCACGAUGUCACGUAGUGGUGGCACCCUCGCCACCCGGUUCCGCACCCGAUCCACGCACCGAGAACUUUAAAACGUUCACCUUCCCAGAGACGCGAUUCACAGCAGUGACCGCCUACCAGAAUCAUCGCAUCACACAGCUGAAGAUCGCCAGCAAUCCGUUCGCGAAAGGUUUCCGUGACUGCGAGUCCGACGAGUGCGAUUCGGUUGCAGUCUCCAGCAUGCAGAAUCCUGCAAAGAGACCAGCUACAGGAACCACAGGCAUAUUAUCGUCGAGUUACGUGAAUACCAUACCCACCGUGCAAAUACCAAGCAUAUCCAGCCAAGAACAUCAUCAGUUUUACGGUGCUACAGCGACGGGACCGUGGACAUAUCCUGGACACCAUGGACAACCGACGGCACACAUGAAUUCUGUCCAUUACCCUGCGCAUCCUCAUCAUCCACAUCCUGGAGCGUCGUUAUACGGGCCACGAUAG